CCUCCCCCACCCACCCCACCCCACACUCCUCUUCUACUCCUACAUAUAAUAUCCCCCCGCCAUUUCAUCCCCCCGAAUCGCCCCUCUGACAAACCUAUUUGAACUGACCACCUCAUCCUUACGGUUCUUUGCACAGACACCUUCCUUCAGAAAUCACAAAUGUCAACCACCGCCCCACGCCGUGCUCUCAGCGGGACCAAUAUCAACGUCAACCUUCUCAAGGCCGAGUAUGCUGUGCGCGGUGCCAUUGCGGUGAGGUCGGAGGAGCAUCGUGCGACACUAUCCCACAGCGAUGUCCCAUCCAGCCACGGUCUCCCCUUCGACUCGGUUAUCUCGGCAAACAUUGGGAACCCCCAACAGCUCGACCAGCAGCCCAUCACCUUCUUCCGUCAGGUGCUCAGCAUCCUCGAGUAUCCCGCGUUGUUGGAGACCGAGGGAAUCUACCCCGAGGAUGUCAAGGCGCGCGCUCGCACGCUACUGAAAGAGGUCGGUAGUGUGGGAGCGUACUCACAGUCGCAAGGUGUUGCGGCAAUUAGAAAGUCGGUUGCGGCGUUCAUCGAGAGAAGAGAUGGCCAUCCCUCCAACUUCGCCGACAUCUUCCUCACCGGCGGUGCGUCGAGCGGUGUGAAUACCCUCCUCAACACCAUCUGUCGCGGUCCCGAGACCGGAAUUCUCAUUCCGAUCCCGCAGUACCCCCUCUACACUGCGACCCUCGCUCUACUCAACGCGACUGCCGUUCCGUACUACCUCGACGAGCCCCACGAGUGGAGCACCAACGUCCCUCUGAUCCGCUCACAGCUCGCAAAGGCCAAAAGUGAUGGCAUUGAUGUUCGCUGCAUCGCCGUGAUCAACCCAGGCAAUCCCACCGGUGCCUCUCUCUCGGAGGGCGACAUCGAGGCUGUUCUGGACUUGGCUGCUGAAGAGCACCUUGUUGUGAUGGCGGAUGAAGUAUACCAGACUAAUGUCUACCGUGGCGAGUUCCACUCGUUCAAGAAAGUCCUCCGCAACAUGCAGGCGCGCAAGGGCGGCGAAAAGUACAGCCACGUCGAGCUCGUAUCCCUCCAUUCCACGUCCAAGGGCAUGGUCGGCGAGUGCGGACAUCGCGGCGGCUACUUUGAGCUCGUCAACUUCGAUCCAGAGGUGCAGGCGCAGAUUUACAAGCUGGUCUCCAUCACUCUGUGCCCUCCCGUGAUUGGCCAGUGUCUGGUUGAGCUCAUGGUCAACCCUCCCAAGGUCGGCGAGGAAUCCCACCCGCGCUACCAGGCGGAGUACGACGGCAUCUACAACGGCCUGAAGAAGCGCUCGCAGGCGCUUUACUCCGCCUUCAAGAGUAUGACCGGUGUCAGCUGUCAGGACCCUCAGGGUGCCAUGUACAUCUUCCCCACCAUCACGCUCUCAAAGCGUGCACAAGAGAAGGCCGCAAGCGAGGGCAAGAAGCCGGACGAGUACUACUGCCUCCGUAUGCUCGACGCAACCGGCAUCUGUGUCGUCCCCGGCAGCGGCUUCGGCCAGACCGAGGGUACCUGGCACUUCCGCACUACGUUCCUUCCGCCCGGCACCGACUGGGUCGACCGCAUGAGGGAGUUUCACGAGGCCUUCAUGGAGGAGUUCAAGUAGAGUAGACGUGAAAUAAUGAGGGGAGAAAGGGAUGGGCGUUUGGGUCGUUUAGAUCUACUUGGCUUUGUCUUGUCUUUGUUGUACGGGUGUUUCCUGGUGUUCGUUUUUUUCCUUCCUUCCGUUUUGUUUUGUGCUUCUCUCUUGUUCCGGUUGCUUUUGUGGCUUUUGCUUUUGCUUUUGCUUUUGCUUUUGCUUUUGAGUGGACCUAUGGCUUUGGCCUUUCACGGGUAUCUAUAUAGGUUGGAGUUGGCGAGGUUGGGUGA